AUGCCCGCCGAAAAGGUUGAAUUAGCUGAUCUCCGACCUCUGCGUCAAGAGGUGAAGCCUACACAAUGGGGUGUGGCAGCUCCGUGUAGCAGCGAGACCUUCAAGACCCGAAGCAACAAAUCCAAACCUCUUGCAAGAGAUUGGACUGAUCGCCUAAGUCAUGAAUCCGCCAGCCGGACUGGCUCAUCCCUCAAGGGUGCCUUCAAGCACCUACAAAACCCAAACAUCAUCUCCCUUGGUGGAGGACUUCCUCUGAGCGAAUACUUCCCCUUUGACAAGGUGGGAUUUGUGAACCCUCAGGUAGCAAAUGGUCAAGUGACCGAAAAGAAGCUGGAAUCGUACGCCGGCAAGCACGAUCUCCGAGAUGGCCAGAGUGUUUUUGAUCUCUCCGUUGCUCUCAACUAUGGCCAAGGGAGUGGCUCAGCCCAGCUCCUGCGCUGGAUCACUGAGCACGUCGAGAUUGUCCACAACCCUCGCUAUGCCGAUUGGCAGUGUACCAUGUCCAUUGGCAACACCUCUGCUUGGGACAUGGUUCUCCGUAUGUUCACAAAGGCUGGCGAUGUUGUUCUCUCCGAUGCCUACACCUUCUCCUCGGCAACAGAGACAGCUUCGCCUUUCGGUGUCAAGUUCGUCGGCGUGGAAAUGGACGACCAAGGUAUCCGCCCAGAUAGCUUGCGGCACAUUCUAGACACCUGGGACCCUGCUGAGCACGGAGGAUCACCCAAGCCCUUCCUUUACUAUGCCAUCCCCACGGGACAGAACCCAACGGGUUCAACGCAAAGCACUGAGCGCCGCAAGGAGAUCUACCGCGUAGCUCAGGAGCAUGAUCUCCUCAUUUGCGAGGAUGACCCUUACUACUUCCUCCAAAUGGAUCAGUUCGACCCAUCUUCCAAACCCAACGACACUCCCACCAGCAAGCCAUCCGCGGCCGACCUGGUAAAGAUGAUUGUGCCCUCCUUCCUCGCCCUCGACACCGACGGCCGUGUUAUCCGCAUGGACUCCUUCAGCAAAGUCAUCAGCCCGGGAUUGCGUGUAGGCUGGGUGACGGCCCCCGAGCAGAUCAUCGAACGGUACAAGAAGCAUGCCGACGUCUCGACACAAAGUCCAAGCGGCCUCAGCCAGAUUGCCCUCUUCAAACUCCUCGACGAGCAGUGGGGCCACGCCGGUUUCUUCGACUGGCUGCUGCAUCUGCGCAGCGAGUACACACAACGUCGCGACGUUGCCGCCCACGCUUGCGAGCGUCACCUUCCCAAGAGCCUCCUGAGCUGGUCGGUUCCCGAAGCGGGCAUGUUUCUGUGGGUCAAGUUGGAUUGGGAAAAGCAUCCCCAAGCCGCCGGCAAGACGGCAACGGAGGUCGAGGAGCUUGUGUGGCACGAUGUGCUUGCAGAGGGUGCCCUUGUCGCCCGCGGUAGCUGGUUUACCGCGGCGCCAAGCAAGACUGCCAACGAGGUGUUCUUCAGAAUCACAUUUGCGGCUGCACCGCUUGACAAGGUGGAGGAAGCCAUCAGGCGGUGGGGAGAGGCUCUGAGGAAGAGCUUUAAUAUUCAAACUGAAUGA